AUGCACACAUCUCCCAUGCUGAUCUCUGCCGCCACCAUGAGCAACAUGACGGUGCUUGACGCUGCUGACCCCUUUGACCUUGACAUGACCUCCUCCGAGGCCAUCUACCCCAUCAGCUUCCAGGUUUCUCUGACGGGCUUCUUGCUGUUGGAGAUAGUUUUGGGUCUGAGCUCGAACCUCACUGUGCUGGUCCUCUACUGUAUGAAACAGAACCUCAUCAGCUCCGUUUCCAACAUCAUCACCAUGAACCUGCACGUGGUGGAUGUGUUGGUAUGUGUAUGCUGCAUCCCGCUCACAGCCGUGGUGGUGCUACUUCCUCUGGAGGCAGACACAGCCAUGGUAUGCUGUUUCCACGAAGCCUGCGUCUCCUUUGCAAGCGUAGCUACUGCUGCUAACGUCCUGGCCAUCACCGUGGACCGCUACGACAUCUCAGUGCGGCCAGCCAACCGUGUGCUUACAAUGGGCCGAGCUGUGGCUCUGCUGGGAUCUAUUUGGGCUUUAUCCUUUUUCAGUUUCCUGGUCCCCUUCAUGGAAGUAGGCUUCUUCAUCAACUCUGGUUCAGACCUCGUGAACCAGACGGCUGUGGUUACAGUGGCUCAUACAAAUGAGUACUACACAGAGUUGGGUUUGUACUAUCACCUGCUAGCACAGAUCCCUAUAUUCUUCUUCACAGCUAUGGUCAUGCUGGUGACUUACUACAAGAUUCUUCAGGCGCUUAAUAUUCGCAUUGGAACGCGCUUUCAGCACAACCUGCCAAAAAAGAAGCAAAAGAGUAAAAACACUAUCUCUUUGAGCACUGCGACACAAGCGGAGUCGACUGACGCGUCACAGGUCAGCACUGGAGUCAGGGCAGGUGGGAGCGCACCUUUGGGCAUGCGGGCUUCAGUGUCCGUCAUUAUCGCUCUACGAAGAGCGGUAAAGCGUCAUCGGGAAAGACGGGAGAGACAGAAACGGGUCUUCAGGAUGUCUCUUCUCAUCAUCUCCACGUUCCUGCUCUGCUGGACUCCAAUAACUGUGCUCAACACCAUCAUCCUCAGCACUGGGCCCAGUGAUUUGACUGUCCGCCUCCGCUUGGGCUUCCUGGUGAUGGCCUACGGGACCACCAUCUUUCACCCGCUCCUCUACGCCUUCACCCGGCAGAAGUUCCAAAAGGUUUUAAAGAGCAAGAUGAAGAAGAGGGUGGUGUCUGUAGUCGAGGCUGACCCUACGCCGAACAAUGUGGUCAUUCAUAACUCAUGGAUCGACCCCAGGCGAAACAAGAAGGUCACCUUCGAGGACACGGAAGCCAGACAAAAAUGUCUGUGCUCACAGGAUGCAGAGAACUAA